AUGGACAACUCUACAUCCACCCAACCCUCGCGUCACAGCGCUACCUCCGACGGCAACGCCUCGCUCUACAUCCUCAUCGUCAUCUCCUUCUACGGCUUCUUCCUCUGCGUCCUCCUCCUCGGCUACAUCCGCUCCAAACGCCGCGAGAAAAGCCGCACCAACAUCUUCACCAAACUCGUCCACGACAACGAGAAGCGCGAGUGGGGAGCCAUGCCCAAGAAAAGCAGCCUCUCGCACACGCCGUCCGGGUCCGUGCCCACGCUGCCGUUCUGCAGCAGCCACUCGGGGCACCUGGAGAUGUUGGGGGUCCACGGCGCCUUCACCCUCAACCCGUUAGCGUGUGCUCAGUGCGCGGAGCAGAGCAGCGUUAGCUCCCUCUGCUCCUCCUCCUCAGACGCCAGGGUCACCAUCGAGGAGGAGCAGCAGGAGGAGGCGGAGGACCAGGGAAGCAGGAGGAGCGGUGGUGGUGAUUCUGGAUGA